AUGGUCUUGAUCUCAUCUAGCUCGGUCUUGAUGUACUUGCGAGCGGCGGUGGGAAGCUGUUCUGCAACGGAUCCCUGUGACACAGGCUGUUGCUCCAAGGAGGGCUACUGCGGCUUUGGUCCAAAGUUCUGUGGCGACGAUGUUUGUCAGUCCAAUUGCGACGCGGUCGCAGAGUGUGGAGAAUAUGCCGCCACCCCCAGGGCAACCUGUCCGUUGAAUGUAUGCUGUUCACAGUUCGGAUUCUGUGGGACCACCGAGGACUUCUGCGGAACCGGCUGUCAGAGUGGCUGCGACAAAGUGAACGAGCCCUGUUCCGGAACAUCCAGUGAGGCGGUCUAUGUGGGUUACUACGAAGGAUGGAAUCCCACACGCUCGUGUGAUGUGGUCCUGCCCGAGAAUAUCAAUGUCAAACCAUGGACUCACCUCUACUACUCAUUUGCCGGCAUCGACUCGUCUGAUUUCACUAUCACCACCACCCAUGACAGUGACCGCGAGUACUGGUCCAAAUUCACGGCUCUGAAACAGAAAAAGUCGUCGUUAAAGACGUACAUCUCGGUGGGCGGAUGGGAUCUGGGCGGCAAGGUCUUCUCGGAUAUGGUGCGGUUCCCCGGAGGUCGCAAGGCCUUUAUCGAUUCCGCGAUCGCCAUGAUGAGUGAGUAUGGCUUCGACGGGAUUGACAUCGACUGGGAAUACCCAGCAGCCGAAGAUCGGGGCGGUGCGGCCAGGGACACGGGCAACCUGGUCACAUUCCUCUCCGAGCUGAAGACCGCCGUGGGCAGCGAUUAUGGCGUUACCUGCACCCUGCCGUCCUCUUAUUGGUACCUCAAGGGCUUCGACCUCGCUGGGAUGGCCAAAUACGUUGACUUCUUCAAUUUCAUGGCGUACGACAUCCACGGCACAUGGGAUGGAACGAGCAAGUGGACGAGUUCAGUCGUCAACCCCCACACCAACCUGACCGAGAUCUCUGCGGGGCUUGACCUCUUAUGGCGCAAUAAUAUCGACCCUAGCAAGGUGCUUCUAGGCCUGGGCUUCUAUGGUCGGUCAUUCACCCUGGCUGAUCCCUCGUGCAACACGCCGGGAUGUGCCUUCUAUACCGCGAACAACAGCACCGGGGGCGCAGUGGCCGGAGAGUGCACUGAGACCAGCGGCUUCCUCUCCGACUACGAGAUCAGCUGGAUCAUCGACAGUUACGAUGUCAAUGUCGAUUACGAUGCGACGGCCGGGGUCAACUGGAUCAAGUGGAGUGGAAACCAGUGGGCGUCUUUUGAUAACGGACGCACGCUGAAGCAGAAGGCGGAUUUUGCCAACGGCAAGUGUCUCGGGGGACUGUUCAGCUGGGCACUCGACCUGGGUGGUCCUGGCUCUCUCCAGAAUCCCAACGCGAUGACCAGUGAUGAUACCAGCAUGGAAGGAGCCAGCAGUGACGGGGGCAGCGACGGAACUGGGCUUUUGUAUGUGGGCUCGCCAGUGCUGGGCGCUUCGCCCACGGUGACCGGCGUGGCUCCGGUCAGCAUCAUCUAUCCCAAGCAUAUCCUGCCCAGUCCCACAGUCAUCUCUCCAGGAGGCUAUCCAACCUCCCUGGAGCUGGUGUGGAACACCACUCGAACAGUCACCUCCGGCAGCAGCACCACCGUCUCUACCGGGCCAACACGGUUGAUCGUCCCAACGACGAUCCCCAUUCCACCCAUCACGACCUCGACGAUCUUCUACCACAACUGGAACAUCACAGACAGCAAAGUGACCUCGACCGUUGGGAUGCUGAUCCCGAGUGUUGAACUUCCCCCAGUGAUCGUAACCGACGACCCGAACCCACUCAAAGAGACCGGAGUGACACAUUCGCCGCUGGGAACUCGCACGGUGACUAUCCCUCCCUGGCCCUGGUGGACCACCGGUACCACCUAUCCCUCCAUCACCUUCACCCAAGGCGACCCCGCCGGACCGACGUGCACGGCCAACUGCGGCCACAAAUGCUACAGCUUCUGCAGCGGGCCGUGUCUCACGGACUGUGGACCGGAGAGCUCCGCCAGCUUCAUCGAUCCGCUCGACCCCGAUGCGCCCUCGGUCAGCAAGUGCUCGGGUCCGGGCUGCGUGAACGGGCAGUGCAAGGGCAGUGGUCUUUGCAUCCAGCGAGGCUGCACGGGUAAGGACUGCCAGAGUCGGGUCUGUGUCGGCGAGGACUGCAUCCCCACUGCGUGCGUCGGAUCGGACUGUACUGAUGGACAUUGCACCGGGAAGUCGUGUCAGGACCACGGCUGUAUCGGCUCUGACUGCAAUGAGAACCACAAGAGUGACGAUGACAGCGGGAGUGACGAUGAUGAUGACAAUGACGACGACGAUGACAGCGACGGCGGCGGCGGCGGGGGGAGCAAGGGCCGGUGCUUCGGGCUGUCAUGCCUAUCCUGGGGGUGCAUGGGGCAGGACUGCUCGGCAGCACACCAUACCUGCAGCGGACAUGCAUGUCGCGUGGUGAGCUGCUCCGGACCGGGGUGUCAGAACGGGAUCUGCCAGGGUAAGGGGUGCCAGUCCGAGGACUCGGACUGCGAGUCGGAGACGGCAGACCGCUGCACCGAGUACAUCUCCAGCACGCUGGUGACGCCGGCGUCGACGUAUUCCACAACGACCGUGACCAGCCGAUGCGAGACCAUCACCGCCUGCUCGGCCAAGCCGACCACCGUGACUAGCACGGUGGACAAAGACGGACUGAUGGAGGGGACCAUCACGCUUAUCGACUACUACACGACGGACGGCGAGGCGGCCAUGACCGCUGCGUGGGACGAGAUGGACAGCUUCUAUUCGAUUGCGUUCGCCACGAUCACCACCACCACCACUAGACCUACUACCACCACCACGACGCAGUCGACGAAGACAACGUCGACCGCCUCUGCGCCCACUGAAACCGACUAUAAUUGCAAGGGAUCCCCACGGUGUGGCACCUUUGCCCAUCUGCGCAGCUUCUGCGACAUGGCCAAGAGUUUCCUUGGCUCGAACACUUACGGGACGAAAGACACAGACUCAGACUCGGGGACAUGCUACACCGACGGCAAGAAUGCAGGGUUCGGAUGUGGCGUCUUCCUGGAAGGGGAUGACUGCGAGAUGGCCGGGCCGGAGAUGGCAGCUGCCUAUGAUCAUAUCUUCCAGGAGUCUGGCGGUGACUGCAAGAUCUGUGGCCACGCCUUCUUCCCUGGCGGGUGUCAACUCACCGUCAACUACGUGCAUGGCUGUAAAACCACCAAUGGUCCGCUACGGGCAUACGUGGGGAAUGAGACGUCGUCGGAAUUAGCCUCGUAG